AUGGCACCGUUAAGAGCAGUUGGUUUAGUGCUAUGUAGUCUGUUCGUGGUGGCUUUAAUAGUCACGCAGGUUCAAGCAGAGCCUGCACGCUAUGACAACUACCGUGUGUACAAGGUUUCGAUCGAGCGAGUUGAUCAACUGGAACUGCUGCAGCUCAUCGAGCAACGGCCAGAUGGCUAUACCUUCCUCAGUGAUCCGGUCCACCUCAAUACCGCGGUCAAGCUGGUGGUCCCACCCCAUAAAAUGGCUGAGUUCGAGGAGCUCACCGAGCGCUUUGAGCUGAAGGCGACCUUGGCCUUCGACAACCUGCAGGCCGUGAUCGAGCAGCAGAUGAAGGGACGCCGUGAAACGUUCGGCUGGACUGCGUACCAUCCUCUGGAGGAUAUUUACGCCUGGCUCGAUACAUUGAUCGCUGAAUAUCCGGGUAUCGUAACGCCGAUCGUUGCAGGAGAAACCUAUGAAGGACGUCAGAUUCGGGGCGUCAAGGUGUCGUACAAGGCUGGUAAUCCAGCGAUCUUCACCGAGGGAACGAUUCACGCACGCGAGUGGAUCAGUGCCGCUACGGUGACGUUUGUUUUGAACGAGCUGCUGACCUCGCAGAACGCAGAAGUGCGUAACAUUGCCGAAAACUACGAUUGGUAUGUGGUGCCCGUUGCGAAUCCAGAUGGUUACGUCUACACUCACACUACUACGCGGUUGUGGCGUAAGACACGGUCUCAACAGAAUGUCCUUUGUUUCGGUGUCGAUCCGAACCGUAACUGGGAUUUCAAGUUCAAUCAGGGUGGAACUUCGGUCAUCCCUUGUGCGGACACCUUCUCCGGGCCAUCGCCAUUCUCGGAGAUCGAGACCCGCACGCUAUCGGCUUACAUCAGCACCAUCCCGAACCUGUCGACGUAUCUCGACUUCCACUCAUCCGGUCAGCUGCUGAUGGUACCGUAUGGCCACACAACGGAGCCACUUGAUAACUACAAUGAGCUGAUGGACAUUGGCAGGAAGGCCAUCGCCAAGCUUCGGGAGCGCCACGGUAGCGUCUAUCAGGUGGGAAACAUCGCGGAAAUUAUCUAUGUCGCCUCGGGAAGCAGUUUGGACUGGGUUAAGGGAACUCUGCAGACACCGCUUACCUUUGCGUACGAGCUGCGCGACACCGGCGAGUAUGGAUUCCUGCUGCCUCCGGAUCAGAUCAUUGCCACCGCCGAAGAAACGCUUGACUCCAUUAUCGUCAUCCUGGAAGAAGGCAAAGCCUUGGGAUACCAUUGAGUCACUCUUGUCGUACCAAAGCAAAGUCGAAAUAUAUCCCUGGAAUU